CCCCUCUCCUUGUCGCUACUCAACACAUUAUGAAGUUGACUAUUCUAGUAGCAGGCCUUGUUAGCCUUGCUACCUUCACUAUUGCAGAUCCUUGCACCGAUUACCAGAUUGCGGACCAGGACGUUAAUGCCUACUGCGAUGAUGGUGGCGAAUGCUGUUUUGCUGUCGGUGGAUGCAAUGAAGCUGGCAUCAUCUACUCUAGAGGUUCUUGUCCGAAUGGCGAAGUCUGCCAGACAGUGUUGAACAAUCGGAUGUGGUAG